AUGGAAACAUGGACGGUCCAAACGGAUGGGUUAGCCACAAAGAAAGUGGGAGAAGCAGGAGUAGUUCUCAUAUCUCCAGAAGGAGAAACAUUGAAAUAUGUAGUCAGAUUGCAAUUCCUAGCAAUAAAUAACGAGGCAGAAUACAAAGCACUACUAACAGGGCUAAGUCUAGCAAAAGCUCUAGGAGCAAAGAGUCUCAUUGUCCAAGCUGAUUCUCAGCUAAUAAUUGGGCAAGUGAAGGGAGAUUAUGAAGCCAAAGAAGAAAGAAUGCAGAAGUACUUGAAGAUCGUCCAACGACUAUCACAGCAUUUUGACAACCUAGACUUUAUGCAAAUCCGACGACCACAAGAGUUCCAACAAGAGAAACCAUUCAGACUAACAUUUGGCACUGAGGCCGUCAUACUAGUGGAAGUGAGACUGACAAGCUUCCGAGUCAAAACUUAUGAAGACCAGAAGAACCAGCAGGAGCCUAACAACAACCUGGACCUAAUUGACAAAGUCAGAGAAGAAGCUAUGAAGCGAAUGGCCAAACACAAGGAAGCAAUGGCCAGAUACUACAACAAAAAGGUUAAGGUAAGAAGGUUCAACACAGGAGACCUCGUCCUUAAGAAGGUAUAG